AUGACAGCUAGUGUUGAGACGAUGUUAGUAAGGUGGAAAAAACAUGAAGGCAAAGAGAUUGAGGUGUUCGAAGAAUUUAGAUUGUUGACUUCAGAAGUGGUUUCCAGGACAGCAUUUGGCAGCAGCUACUUAGAAGGGAAGAACGUUUUUGAGAUGUUGAUGAGGUUAUACUUCUUGAUAUUCAAAAAUUUGUUCAAAUUCAGGUUUCCUGGCAUCAGUAAGCUUAUUAAAACCAAGGAUGAGGUCGAAUCAAAGAAGCUAGAGAAAGGAAUACGAGAGGGCAUAAUAGAGAUUGUCAAGAAACGAGAAGAGAAGGCGAUAAUGAUUGGAGAAACAGACAGCUUUGGGAGUGAUUUUCUUGGAUUACUUUUAAAGGCUCAUCAUGAUUCCAAUAAGAAGCAGAGGAUUUCGGUGGAUGAUUUGGUUGACAAAUGCAAGACAUUUUAUUUUGCUGGCCAAGAAACCACUAGUACUUUGCUGGCUUGGACUGUCUUUCUCCUGGUACUCCAUACAGAUUGGCAAGAGGAAGCAAGAAAGGAGAUCCUGCAAAUAUUUGGCAAACAAACUCCAAACUCUGAUGGCCUUGCCAAACUAAAAACAAUGGGUAUGAUCAUCAAUGAGUCUCUAAGGUUGUAUCCUCCUAUUGUUUCCAUUGCGAGGAAAGUUGAAAGGGAAGUUAGACUAGGAAAGCUCAUAGUUCCUGCUAAUGUUGAAAUAUUCAUUGAAAGGGAAGUUAUAGACUAG